AUGGUUAAGGUAAUACGUGUGAGACCCUACUUCCCCUAUCCAUUUUUUUCUCUCCCCGAGCCUCGCCACACUCGUGAAAAAUGCUGGAAGCUGCAUGGAAAGCCACCUAGUAAGGAUUGGGGGCCCCAAAACCGAGACAAGGAGUGGGGAAAAAAAGGAGACAACACCAGAAAGGGAGGACAAGCACACAUCGGUGCUGCCACCAGUGAAGAAAACAGAGGAGUGAUUCAACUUAACCAAGAUGAAAUAGAGCAGAUGAGAUCAUUCCUCAACAAGUUGGAUAAGUCAACAGGUACUUGUUCUCUGGCACAUUCAGAACAAGUACUCGGGGAGGACGAUUGGACAUGCUAGAGAAUGGAAUGGCCUUUAUUACUUGGAUAAUCCGGAUUUGCCACCAGACCUGGAAAACAACAACUCUUUUUUCUCUGAUUCAAUGAAGGCCAACAGGGAGAAGAUCUUCCUACAUCACUGUCGUCUUGGACAUCCUUCCUUUAGAGUCAUAAAAUUGUUAUUCCCUUCCCUUUUUAGCAAAUUAGAUGUUGAAAGUCUCCAUUGUGAAGUGUGUGAGCUUGCUAAGCACAAGCGUGUACCUUUUCCAGUUAGUAAUAAUAUGAGCACUUUUCCCUUCUAUUUAA